GCCAUGCAGAGAGUUCAGUUGCGAUAAGGUACUGGCGUAGUAAUGAAAGUAUUCAUUGUUCUUCUUCUUCAAAUUUUGGUACUUGCCACGGCAGUAUCGGCUCAGUCAGAAAACACUGCUGAGUAUUGGAGACAAAAUGCCCAAGCUUUUCUCCGUUCCAAGCUAAAUGAAAAGUACAAGACCAAGAAGGCGAAAAACAUUAUCAUGUUCCUUGGGGAUGGGAUGAGCCUGUCAACGGUGUCAGCGGUUAGAGCAUACCUUGGCAAUGAAGGAAUCAGUACGGUUUUCGAUCGAUUUCCUUAUUUUGGCUUCUCGAAAACGUACUGCGUGAAUGGUCAAACAGCAGACAGUUCUUGCACCGCCACAGCGUACCUCAAUGGUGUCAAAGGGAACAUGUUGACAACCGGAGUGACGGCCAACGUUCAGGCAGAACAAUGCGUAAUAACGGAAAAAGACAAAACAGAGUCAAUUGCUUCGUGGGCCCAAAAAGCGGGAAAAGCCACAGGCUUAGUAACAACAACAACAGUUACGCACGCUAGCCCGUCUGGUGCCUAUGCGAAUACUCCGAGUCGCUUUUGGGAAGGAAACAAGGUACUGGACCAAAUGUGUGGCUCUACUACCAACGUCAGAGAUAUUGCACACCAAUUGAUAAAUGGAGAAGUCGGUAAGAAAUUCAAAGUUAUCUUGGGUGGAGGCCGCGCUCACAUGAUCAACUCGACGAUGAUGGAUGAAGAAGGUCAGUUCGGUCAACGAACAGACGGUAGAAAUCUUAUCAAUGAAUGGUUGACUGCUAAAAAUCAACAAAAUGUUGGACAAUUCGUUUGGCACAAGCAACAGCUACAUGAAGUCAACUAUACCACCGUCGACUAUUUGUUGGGUCUGUUUGAGAGCUUGGAUUGUUUGUAUCAAAUGGAUAUCAAUGAUGGCAACUUGCAUAAUCAAGAGCCAACUCUCACAGAUAUGACAGUAGCUGCCAUUAGAUUGCUGGAAAAAGACCCGAACGGAUAUUUCUUGUUCGUUGAGAGCGGCAAAAUCGAUCACGCACAUCACUACAACCAAGCUAACCGAGCUAUGGUGGAGACAGCAGAAUUCAUUCGAGCUAUCGAAGCAGCUCGUGCGAUGACAAAGGACGAUGACACUCUAAUUGUCAUCACGUCUGAUCAUUCUCAUACGUUCACGUACAGUGGGUAUGGCUCAAGGAAGUCGGACAUCUUGGGUUUCGGAGGAAUCUCUGACAUGGAUCAAAAGCCAUACUUGAAGUUAAGUUACGCCAAUGGUCCCGCCUAUGAUACGACGUACAUCAAAAACACGGCAGAACGUGUCGAUUUGACAAAUGUUGACAUUCACAACCACGCUUUCCUGCAAUCGGCGACAGUGCCGCUCAGCGCUGAGACUCACGCAGGAGAUGACGUUGGAAUUUUUGCAUCUGGCCCAUUCGAACAUUUGUUCGCUGGAAGCUAUGAGCAGAAUAACAUUCCCAUGUUGAUGGCCUAUGCAGCUCAGAUUGGACCUUUUGCAAAAAAAUAAACGGAGGAAUUGGCGCUUCCAAAAAUGUUAUGAUUGAUUCUUGUGAUGCAAAAUAAAGGGUACAGC